AUGGCUAUGCAUGAGGACCCUGUAGCCAGCUCAACCGGAAUCAAGGUCAUCAUCGUUGGAUUCGGUAUAGCUGGCGCUAGUGCUGCAAUUGAAUGUCAUAGAAAAGGGCAUAAUGUGGUUGUCUAUGAAAGACUGCCGGAGCUCACUAAAGUUGGAGGGGAUGGCAUCAGUCUUGGCUCGAACGGGUGUUCUGUCCUAUCUAAAUGGGAUAACGGUGAGUUCAAUGAAACGAUCAAGCCAUUAAAGUUCCGAACGGACAAUAUGAAUAUAUUUGAUUAUACCGGGUUUGAUCUCGGGAAACAUAAAUUCCACGGGUACAAUGCUGGGAGAGGAUACACGCUUAACCGUGGCUCGCUCGUAUUCUCCAUGUACGACUACGCUCAGAAACUCGGAAUCAAAGUGUUCAUGGGCUCCACGGUCACAGAGUAUUGGGAAACUGAAGACGAAGCGGGCAUUGUCGUCAAUGGGGAAAAGGUAGCAGCAGAUUGUGUCAUUUGCGCUGAGGGAAUUCACAGCAAAGGCAGAGCCGCAAUUACCGGCCAGGAGAUGCAAUGCAAGGAGACAGGUUUUGUGUCCACUCGAGGAUAUUUGGAGGGCAAAGCGGCUAUCCAGGGUCCCUCACUGACUCGAAUUGUCAGUGGCAUGGAAGACGGCAAUUGCAUGUACGGAUGGAUGGGGCCUCGCAUGCACAUCAGCAUGGGUAUUAAGAUCGACGGCGGCGAGCUCUUUUGGUACGCCUGCCACGAGGCUGCGAGUGUCCCUCCUAAAAAUAACAGUGAGGCAAUAGAUCAUAUUCUCGAAUGCAUGAGUGAUUGGACCAUGCGGGAUGAGCUCGAGUCAGUCGUCCGGAAUGUUUCGGAGGGGAGGUUCAUCUCUCAAAAACUCGUCGUGACAACAGCCCUGAAAUCUUGGCUCUCUCCUCGCCGAAGGAUGAUCGUUAUUGGUGAUGCAGCCCAUGCAGCUCUUCCGACCAGUGGCCAAGGAGGCACACAAGCCAUUGAAGAUGCGGCUGUACUUGCAAUCGCCCUAGAGUUAGCAGGGAAGCAAGACAUUCCCCUUGCGCUGUCCGUAACAGAAAAGAUCAGAUUCAAGCGCGCUCAACUGAUUCAACAGGGGGGGCUGGCAGUGCUGAAAUUUGGCAUGAAUCGAAGUGAUUUUGAAUUAUUCCGAAAAGAUCCAAAUCUGGCGAGGCCUCCGCACCCCGCUUGGAUCUUUGACCAUGACUGCCAAGAAUACACCUACAGGGAAUUCGCGGCAGCGGCUGAGGCAGUCAGAUCUGGGAAGGAUUAUGUUCCGACCAAUAUCCCUGCGGACGGGGAAUACCGGAUAGCAUAUGAUAGCAAGUAA